AUGCCCCGGGAAAGACCUUUUGAACCUCUGAACUCUCUCAGACCUCCUGCCCCCCAUACUAAUUACCCCAAAUCUGCAAAAGUCUGCUGGACCUAUUUGGCCCAAAUAGGACUCUCUGAUGGGGGGGUGGUUCCAGGACCAGGCCACCCGCAACAACUCCCUCAAGAAACACAACCCAAAUAUAAAGGGAUCAACCUUGACUCCUUAUGGGGGGCACCCUCCACCGAACCGCUCACCCUAACCCUCCUAAAUUCCAGCUACAUCCUCUGGAAAAAUGUCUCCGGGGGGCAAGACUGCUGGAUCUGUUUUCAUUUUUCCUCCCUCACUAACAUCAUCAGGAUACCAAUUCCUAACUCCUGGCCUAUACCCAGUUUCUCCAUUAAGACAGUCCACAUCAGACCCAUCGGCGCUUCCAUACCGAUCCUGAACCUCACCUCCUCCACACCUCACACCACCCAUAACAUCUCCACUCUCCCCUACUGCACCCCGGGAAUCUUUCUCUCCUGCCCAAAAGGGAUCUAUCGCUGCCUAACCACCAAUGAUUCCUUGGAUUAUACUCUCAUCCUUCUGUCUCCAACCACCAACAUCUAUUUAUCUGAACAACUCUUAUCUCAGCUGUUCCCUACCUCUCAGAAGAGGAGGGCUGCCUUCCUCCCCUUCUUAAUAGGGGCAGGACUAACAACUGGGGCGGUAGGGCUGGGAACUUCAAAUUUCUAUUAUAAGCUCUCCCAGGCACUCAAGGAGGACAUGGAACGAAUCACAGACUCCCUCACCGCCCUACAGAUUCAAGUCACCAGCUUAACCGCUGUCACCUUGCAAAACCGACAGGCCCUGGAUCUCCUCACCACUGAGAAAGGGGGAAUGUGCCUCUACUUGAAUGAGAAGUGCUGCUACUUGGUCAUCCAGUCGGACAUAGUGACCUCCAAAGUCAAGGAACUCAGGGACCGGAUCUGA